AUCUGAGUCAGCAGCGGAACUAGGCUGCCGCACACGUUGGCGAGGUGUGUGAGGGUGGAAUUGGCGUCCGCACCGCGAAAGAUCCAUCCCGGAAGUAGUUAUUGGUCGUCUCCAUGCGCCGGUUCCUGGGCGUCGUAGAGCCAAGGCGCGAGGCUCGGACCGAGAGGUAGAGCUGGAGGGGACGCUAAGCGCCCUCCGCCCGGGACGCGAACCGCUGCGCCAGCGGGGCUGGUCCCGGCGCCAUCAUGCUGCUCUUGCCGAGCGCUGCGGACGGCCAGGGCACCGCCAUCACCCACGCUCUGACCUCUGCCUCAACACUCUGUCAAGUUGAACCUGUGGGAAGAUGGUUUGAAGCUUUUGUUAAGAGGAGAAACAGAAAUGCUUCUGCCUCUUUUCAGGAACUGGAGGAUAAGAAAGAAUUAUCAGAAGAAUCAGAAGAUGAAGAAUUGCAGUUGGAAGAGUUUCCCAUGUUGAAAACACUUGAUCCCAAAGACUGGAAGAACCAAGAUCAUUAUGCAGUACUUGGACUUGGCCAUGUAAGAUAUAAAGCUACACAGAGACAGAUCAAAGCAGCUCAUAAAGCAAUGGUUUUAAAACAUCACCCAGACAAACGGAAAGCAGCUGGUGAGCCAAUAAAAGAAGGAGAUAAUGAUUACUUCACUUGCAUAACUAAAGCUUAUGAAAUGUUAUCUGAUCCAGUGAAAAGACGGGCAUUCAACAGUGUAGAUCCUACUUUUGAUAACUCCGUUCCUUCUAAAAGUGAAGCAAAAGACUAUUUCUUCGAAGUGUUUUCCCCAGUGUUUGAAAGGAAUUCUAGAUGGUCAAAUAAAAAAAAUGUGCCUAAACUUGGUGAUAUGAAUUCGUCAUUUGAAGAUGUAGAUGCAUUUUAUUCUUUCUGGUAUAAUUUUGAUUCUUGGAGAGAAUUUUCUUACUUAGACGAAGAAGAAAAAGAAAAAGCAGAAUGUCGUGAUGAGAGGAGAUGGAUUGAAAAGCAGAACAGAGCAACAAGGGCACAAAGAAAAAAAGAAGAAAUGAACAGAAUAAGAACAUUAGUUGACAAUGCAUAUAGCUGUGAUCCAAGAAUAAAAAAAUUUAAGGAAGAAGAAAAAGCCAAGAAAGAAGCAGAAAAGAAAGCAAAAGCAGAAGCAAAACGGAAGGAGCAAGAAGCUAAAGAAAAACAAAGACAAGCUGAAUUAGAAGCUGCUCGGUUAGCUAAAGAGAAAGAAGAGGAGGAAGUUAGACAACAAGCAUUAUUGGCAAAGAAGGAAAAAGAUAUCCAGAAAAAAGCCAUUAAGAAGGAAAGGCAAAAACUUCGAAACUCAUGCAAGACCUGGAAUCACUUCUCUGACAAUGAGGCAGAGCGGGUUAAAAUGAUGGAAGAAGUGGAAAAACUUUGUGAUCGGCUUGAACUCGCAAGCUUACAGUGCUUGAAUGAAACACUCACAUCGUCUACAAAAGAAGUAGGAAAGGCUGCUCUGGAAAAACAGAUAGAAGAAAUAAAUGAGCAAAUUAGAAAAGAGAAAGAGGAAGCUGAGGCUCGAAUGCGCCAAGCAUCCAAGAAUGCAGAGAAAUCAACUGGUGGAAGUGGAAAUGGCAGUAAAAACUGGUCAGAAGAUGAUCUGCAAUUACUAAUUAAAGCUGUGAACCUCUUCCCUGCUGGAACAAAUUCAAGAUGGGAAGUUAUCGCUAAUUACAUGAACAUACACUCUUCUUCUGGAGUCAAGAGAACUGCCAAAGAUGUUAUUGGCAAAGCAAAGAGUCUUCAAAAACUUGACCCUCAUCAAAAAGAUGAUAUAAACAAAAAAGCUUUUGAUAAAUUUAAAAAAGAACAUGGAGUGGUGCCUCAAGCAGACAAUGCAACACCUUCUGAACGAUUUGAAGGUCCGUGCACAGAUUUCACCCCUUGGACAACAGAAGAACAGAAGCUUUUGGAACAAGCUUUAAAAACGUACCCAGUAAAUACACCUGAAAGAUGGGAAAAAAUAGCCGAAGCAGUGCCUGGCCGCACAAAGAAGGACUGCAUGAAGCGAUACAAGGUGACCGAUGUUAUAGAACUUAGACUCCAUUACCAUUUCGACUAUAUUACAAAGAAAUGGCAAACCUUAGCAGCUUUCUAGCUCUGGCAGUUAGUACAACUCAGCCUUGUCACUGGUGUCUUCAUUACAGAUUUCCCCACUUGUACCAAAGCCAGUCGGUACUAGGAAAGUAUGCCAGUUCCAACAGCGUCUUCACUAACCCCUUUCUCCCUUCCUAGGAACUUGUCGAGAUGGUAAAAGCAAAGAAAGCUGCUCAAGAGCAAGUGCUGAAUGCAAGUAGAGCCAAGAAAUGACUUAUGACAAUC